AUGCCUGAUUACCCUUCAAAUAAUAGUCCCCCCAGCGUAACUGCCCAAAUUUUCAGUCAACUAGCUGCAAGAUCGGAUCACAUUUUGCCACAAGAAUACAAUCCGGAUCGACCACGAUGGUCUUCUCGUGCCAGUUCGUCGUAUGGGCCAUCCUCGUCACCACAACCGCCCAAAUCAUUCGACAUCUACCUGGAUGACACAGAUUACAGCUCCUGUGACGAUGCAGCCUCUACAAUUAGCUUCACUGAUACUGCUCCGUCCGCAGAUCCCAUCUAUCCUGCAUCGUUUGGGACCCCUAAUCAAGGCAUUGAGAUGGCCCAUCCCCUGCCACAACCAUUCAACGCAAGUGCGGCAUCUAUCGAAACCUUUUGUACUUCCGCAUCGGAAAGUCGGAUGUCAGAUGAUCCUGACUCCUACGUUGGCGAGAAGAAAGAUAUCAGUUGGCUCGAGUCUGCAUCUCUGUACGAUCAGAGUGAGCCUGCCCCUCCUCCUUAUUCAGUGUCGGUGAAUCGAUCGACUUUCCACUCUCAGCCAUAUUGCCCCGAUGAUCAGGCCUACAUCCACUACGCUGAGAGAAAUCAAAGUUCCGAAUCAGUGGCCUCACACAAGUCGAGAUGGUCAGCUAGCAAACAAACCUUCUACAAGAAAGCCAAGUCCAUAAUCAGUCGAUUCAGCUCUGCUAUCACCGGAAGACGAGAUUCCCGACUAGACUACGACGAGAGCUUCGAUUCUGAUAGUGAUUCACCAUACGAGUUCAGUUAUUCAGAUAUGAAUGAGAAGGGUAGGCUCACUGGCGAAUGGAAGGCGUCUACGGGCAUGCCUAGUGGAAGAGCACCCGAGCUUGUAUGA